AUGAUUGGGAACCCGAUGAUGCUAACACAGGUCAUCAACCUUAGGCUCGUAUCGCAAAAAGCUGCUGGGAAUGCGGUAGCAAUACCCGAGCUGAUGGCAAGAAAACAGUGUCACGAUUGCAUUGAUCGUACACAGAGGCUCUGUAGAGGCUGCUGCGGUGGCUACUGCUUGGUUCACAACGAGGGGUCAACCUCAACUUUCUGUGACUGUUCGAUCCCCGCAACCUCGUUGAAGCGUUCAGAUCGCUAA